AUGUCACAACCAGGUAUUGGGGAACACUCUCCCCUGGCGUUCAAACGAGGAGCGUUUGAAGACGACACAUUGCCCAGCAAGCCCUCAAAAAGCACAUUCAGGACGGUUCUCAGCAUCCCCCGCCUGGUAUGGGACUUUACCGAGAGCAACUUUUCCACCUUCGUCGUGCCUAACACAGCCUUUGGCAUCUUGUGCGGCCUGGCCGGACAGCCCCUGACCUCGGGACAGGCAACGGCACUUGCCGUGCUGCAGAGGUUCCCCUUGGUGGUCGCGUUCAACUGGUACAGCGUUCUCAUAUUCGACCUGGCGAACCAGAGGAGCCCCGAGUCCGUGGCCGAGGACUUCGCCAACAAGCCAUGGCGUCCCAUUCCCGCGGGUAAGGUCACGCAAGACCAGACACGCCGGGCGAUGCUCGUGGCCAUUCCCGCAGUACUCGUCUUCAACUACGUUCUGGGUGUAUGGAAGGAGGGCGUCUUCAUCCUCAUCCUCACCUGGCUGUACAACGACCUCAGGGGCGGCGACACGCUUCUCAGGGACGUCAUCAUUGCCGUUGCGUACGGUCUCUUCAACACGGCCUCGUUGAAGAUUGCCAUCGGGGACGCCGACACCACCAUCACCCGCGAAGGCUACCUCUGGGCAGGCAUAAUCAGUGCCGUUAUCCUCACGACCAUGCAGGUGCAGGACCUCAAGGACCAGGCGGGGGACGCCGGGCGCGGACGCAACACGAUUCCCCUGUUCUUCGGCGACGGGGUCUCUCGCACGUCGUUGGCGCUGUUCGUGCCUCUAUGGUCUUGCGUGUGCGCCUACUUCUGGCGCGUCCGAUCGUGGCAGGUCGUCAUGCCCGUGGUAUCUGGCGCCUUGGUAGUGGUCGGGGUCCUCCGGACAAGGACGCCGGAAACGGAUGCCCGCGCAUGGAGGCUAUGGUGCCUGUGGACGGUAUGCCUGUACUCCCUGCCGUUAAUCGGUGACGGUUUCGUGUCGUUGCAACACGUGUGA